UGUCUACAAAGUAACACACCUCGCGCUUUCCUCGGAUACGUUGGGAAUAUCGGGAACUAAUAUGAAAGUGACAGUGUGUUUUGGAAGGACCCGGGUGGUUGUUCCUUGUGGCGAUGGGAAUAUUAAAGUCCACAGCCUUAUUCAACAAGCAGCGAUGAGAUAUAAAAAAGCUAUCGCCAAGGACCCUGGUUAUUGGGUUCAGGUUCACCGACUGGAACAUGGUGAUGGUGGGAUCUUGGACUUGGAUGACACCCUAUGUGAUGUGGCCGACGACAAAGACAGAUUGGUGGCGGUAUAUGAGGAACAGGAUCCUCAUCAUGGCGGUGACGGGACCAGUGCCAGCUCAACUGGAACCCAGAGCCCUGAACUUUUCAACAGCGACCUCAACUCCAGUAACAUGUCAGCCUUCCAGCCCUACCAGAACUCCAGCGAGAUCGAAGUCACUCCCUCUGCCCUCCGCACCAAUAUGCCGCUGCAUGUCCGCCGCAGUAGUGACCCAGCUCUGGUUGCCCUUGCGGAGGGCCAGAUGCAGCCCGAAGAACCUUCUAGAAAGAACCCUACUCGCUGGUCAACCACUGCAGGCUUCCUAAAACCCAACACCAAAAAUACCAGUGGAACCAACAGCUUAGAACGAAUGGACGCGUACCGCAGUUUGCCCCGGGAUGCCGCGGCCUGGUCCUCCCAGUUCCAGAGAGAGAGCGCUCGUUCCUCCCUCAGUGCCAACCACCCCAUGGUAGACCGCUGGCUGGAGCGCCAGGAACAGGAGGAAGAUGAGGAGGAGGAAAGGAGAGAUGAAGGGAGGAACGGAAGGAUAGAGCCAGUGGGACGGGCCGACUCCAUGGUGGACACCGCACCAGCCUCACUAGAUGACAUGCUAAAGCUGGUUGAGGUUUCCAAUGGCGGUGGCCCUUUGGGAAUUCAUGUGGUGCCUUUCAGUGCACGGGACAGAAGGACUCUGGGUUUGUUAGUGAAACGUCUGGAGAAAGGAGGGAAGGCCGAACGAGAGGCUCUGUUCCAGGAGAACGACUGCAUCGUCCGGAUUAAUAACGCAGACCUGCGCAACGUCCGCUUCGAACAAGCUCAGGACUUGUUCCGUCAAGCCAUGCGUACACCACUCAUCCUGUUCCACGUCGUUCCUUCAGUAAAGAAGGCUGAGUACGAACUGCUCUCGCAGAACGAGUUAGCCCAACAGCAGGGGCGUGGCCGGUUCAGUCCUGACCCCCAGCCCGGUGACAGAGGCAGCCUGGUGGUUCGCGGUAUUGAAUUCAGCUCUCAGAGAAUGUCCAAGACUGGUCCGCAUCCGAACCUGAAUCACCAGGUGUACCCUUCACACCCGGAGCAGAUGGGCUCCUACUCCACGUUACCUCACGGUGUUCAAGCCCCUUCCAAGACACCCCCUGUCCUCACCCAACCACCCAGGCCUCCCAGUUCCACCCCCUCAAUGGGCUACUCCAAAAAAGUUGGGAGGAGACUCAGCAUCCAACUAAAAAAAGGUCAAGAAGGUCUUGGCUUCAGUAUCACGUCCCGAGACGUACCCAUUGGAGGCUCCGCCCCCAUCUAUGUGAAAAACAUCCUCCCCAAAGGUGCCGCCAUCCAAGAUGGGCGCCUGAAGGCGGGUGACCAACUACUGGAGGUGAAUGGAGUGGAUCUCAAUGGGAAGACUCAGGAGGAGGUGGUGGCCCUGCUUCGCUCCACUCCUAUGGGAGGCACUGUAGGCCUACUCAUCGCUCGACAAGAGGAUGCUUUCCUCCCGCGCGAAGUGCAACAGCCUGCCAAGGAAACGAUGUCGGCCAGGAGGGCACACUGGCUGAUUGAGAAACCAGAGGAGGAUGAGCUGGUGCUGACACCAGAUGGAACGAGGGAGUUCUUAACUUUUGAAAUCCCAUUGAAUGACUCCGGUUCGGCUGGGUUAGGUGUCAGCGUGAAGGGAAACCGUUCCAAGGAGAACCACGCAGAUCUGGGCAUCUUUGUCAAGUCCAUCAUCAACGGAGGCGCUGCCUCCAAGGAUGGGCGACUGCGAGUGAAUGACCAGUUGAUUGCUGUAAACGGAGAGUCUUUGCUGGGAAAGACUAAUCAGGACGCGAUGGAAACCCUGCGGAUGUCCAUGUCUGUGGAGAGCAAUAAACGUGGGAUGAUCCAACUCAUUGUGGCCCGCCGGGUGGCUGUCAGGAAUGAGGUGGCUCCAGGCAGUCCCCCUGUGGUGGAGCAGUCUGUGGGCUCUCUGAGAGACGAACAUGAGCGCAGAAUCUCCCAGUCCCUGUACGGCACCAUCGAGGGACUGGACGACCCGUUGAGUCCACGCGCAACACCAAUGGGUAGGAUGAUGGGUAACUACCAGCUGUCCCCUACUGUGAACAUGCCCCAGGAUGACACAGUGAUCAUUGAAGAUGAUAGGCCACCUGUUCUCCCUGCCCGUCUGUCUGACCAAUCAUCUUCCAGCUCCCAUGAUGAUAUGGGCUUUGGGACAGAGGUGCCAGUAACAUGGGCCAAAGAUGUACCAAUACAAGAUGAGUGUUCGUUGAGUCCAGAUGCUGAUGGGGACCUUGCCUUUCAACGUGAGGGCUUUGGCAGGCAGAGCAUGUCAGAAAAACGUACCAAACAAUAUAGCGACGCCAGUCAACUCGAGAUCAUCAAAACGCGCAAGUCCAAGAGCAUGGACCUGGUAGCUGACGAGAUUAACCUCACUCCCCGCACAGACAGGAUGGAAGGCUCUUCCACACGAGAUGUGGGGCCGUCUCUGGGCCUGAAAAAAUCCAGCUCUCUGGAGAGCCUUCAGACGGCGGUUGCCGAGGUAACACUUAAUGGGGACCUCCCCUUCCACAGGCCCCGCCCUAGAAUCAUCAGAGGGAGGGGCUGCAAUGAGAGCUUCCGUGCAGCCAUCGACAAAUCGUACGACAGGCCUGGCGUUACCACAGCAAAUCCGGAGGAAGAGGACGAAGGAAUGGAGACUUUGGAGGAGGACACUGAGGAGAGCUCCAGGUCGGGCCGUGACUCUGUCUCCACGGCGGCUGACCUUGCCCUGCCUGCCAGCGGAUCGGUCAGCACUGAGAGACAGGUGAACGGUGGUCGACUCAAGGAUGACAAGAAGAAGGAGAAAGGAGGGAAGGACAAGAAGAAGCAGGAGAGAGACAAAGAGAAAGACAAGAACAAAGGAAAGAAGGGCAUGCUGAAAGGCCUUGGAGACAUGUUCAGGUUUGGAAAGCACCGGAAAGAUGAGAAGCCGGGAGACAAGAUCGAGCGGAAAGGCUCGAGCAAGUCCAAGAUAGAGGACACGCAGGUCUCGGAGGACGAGACGCUACGAAUGCGUCUGGAGCAGGAGAGGAUCCAGGCCAAGACCAGAGAGCUGAGAGAGAAGCAGGCCAGAGAGAGGGAAUACGCCGAGAUCCAGGACAUCAACCGCACCUUCAGUUCGGACGAGGAGCACCUCUACGCCGGCAUCGGCUCCAUCACCUCCAUGGACAGCGAGAACAGCGGUGGCCAGGAGCAGAGGCCGCAGAGCCCCCGAGACGACGCUCAGCCUUUGGAGGCCCUUUACGCACAAGUCAACAAAACACGCAACGGUCGCCCUCCCUCCGGUGACAGCAACAGACUGGCGCCUAGCAACCAUGACCGGAUACAGCGGCUGAGACACGAGUUCCAACAGGCCAAGCAGGAUGAGGACCCGGAUGAGCGACGCCGCACUUACAGUUUUGAGCAGCAGCAGCAGCCCUGGGCCAACUCCGGCUCUUACACGCCGACUGGACGUCACUCGGUGUCCGUGGAGGUGCAGAUGCAGAGACAGAGACAAGAUGACAGAGACUCCUUCUCCCAAGCCCAAAGACAGUACAACUCCCUACCACGACAACCACGUAAGAACCCAAGCACGGUGUCUCAGGACUCAUGGGACAAGGUGUACCCCCCGGGCGAGGGAUUUCAGACAGCCAAGGAGAACCCGCGUUACUCCAGCUACCAGGGCUCGCGUGGAGGUGGCGCCGGAGCAGGGGGCAGCAGUAACGGUUACCUGGGCGCGGCCAGCGGCUUCAACGCCCGUGUUCUCCUGGAGACCCAGGAGCUCCUGAGGCAGGAGCAGAGACGGCGAGAGCAGGAGGCCAAGACCAAGGAAAGUAAACACCCAAAUCCCUAUAGCCCCGCCCCUCCUGUCCCCGCCCCAAAUCCCACCACUGCUCAAUCCAAAGGGCCAUACCGACAGGAUGUACCCCCCUCUCCCACCCAGCUUGCCCGUCUGAACCGGCUGCAGACGCCAGAGAAGGGUCGGCCGUUUUACUCCUGA